UAGGUGCUAUAUAUUAUAGUUUUAAAUAGAUAAAUUACAUGAAGUCACCCUUAAGAAAAAUGUACUUGCUUGUGGCUCAAUGAAAAACACAUUUCUCUUCACACAUAGGCCUAUUUAACUUGUUCAUGUGCCAAAAAACAGGAGUUAUUAAUCAUACAUAACAGGAUUUUUACAUAGUAACCAGUCAUGACCAGCCAGAGCCGAGUCAGUACAUGGUGAAGUGCCAGGCUGCGGCUGAAUGACGCACUCAUUCCACGGGACGGUGAGAGAUUCCAAGCCGCUGGACUGAAGUUUACUGGCAUAUGACAUCUAUAGUCCCGGGCGUGAUCCAGGAGAAGGGAGGACCUAACUGACAACGUGACAUUUCCGCAUGUCAAUAAAAAUAAGUUUAUAAAGUCACGAAGAAGACGUAUAUCGUCUAUGAGGGUGUGUGCCCAGCUGCUCUGCUGCUUUCACUUUUAUAUGUGCCCGAAGUUAGCGUGUAAAGACUUUCGGUCACAUGAUACCAGGCCGGAACCGACACCAGCUGCAAAGUGCUGCCUCUUCUCAAGGAAACAAAAGAUUUCGGAGAAUUUUCAAAGAAGGGAUUUUCUGCUGAAAACCAAGGAGCAGACUGAAGCGUACACAUGCUUAAAUUAAGGCCAAAGUUUGACCUACACAGUGAUGUGGUGUCUGAUAUCCUCAGGAAGGAAGCACUGGUCUGCAGGCUGGAAGAAUACUCUAGCGCAGUGGAUACUCGUAUCCUGAACAUUGAGAGAAAUGGGGGCAUUCUUUACUCCUGGAAGGGAGCAACAGAGAUGACCAGGAUUGGAAAAUAUGACUCCAACACUAAACAGAACAAGCUCCUGUACUCAUUUGACAAGCAGGUGUGUGUCAGCAGCUGUUCCCUGAACAAGGAGGAGACCCUGUUAGCUGUAACCCUGACACAAAAUACCAGAGGAGACGAGCACCUCAAACCAAUAUCCAAGUGUCUUACUCUCCUGAUUGAGAUCAGUCCCCUCAACAACACUAAAGUCCUCAAGGCAGUGGACUGCAGGGUCAAAGUGCAGUUCCUUGAUCAAGAAACUGACAGGAGAUCAGUGCUGGAGAGCCACCUGCUCCUGCUGACAGAAGAUGGAUAUGUGGAUCUAUACCAUGUUCUGCUGACCAGGCAGGAGGGUUACAGAGUGGUGAUGGCGCAUCCUGAGCGUUUGCCCAGAACAGCAGAGAGAAUAGUGGAGGAUUUCAGCUGGGUCCAGUGGGACAGAGACACACAGAGGCUCUACUAUUUAACACACAAGGACAAAUUUCUGCUGCGAUGUGUUCAGUUUUACCCAAACCAUAACUACGACACUGUGUUUGAGCUCUCAUUAGAGUUGCCUGCUAACCCUUUCUACACAGUCAAGUUUGUAAACCUGGGUUUUGACUAUUAUCACACUGAGAGACCAGAGCAGGAGCUCGUCCGGAUGGAAGUGUUCACAAACAGAAUAGGGAGCAUGUGUGUGUGCUACAGCCAACCUCUGAAAGACAAACCAGAACUGAUCUACAAUGUGGUUUUAGUUCAUAAAGCCUGCAGCAAGAAAUUCAGAGUGUCUCUGGGCAGCGACCAGUCGCAGCAGAAGACCUCACAGCUCCAUCCACUCUUCAUCCCUAUAGGUUAUUACAUUCUGGUGUAUCUGCAAGAUUAUUUCCUCCACUGUGUCAACACCAGGCAGCAGGAGAUGCUCUGUCACUCCCUCUUCCUCUCUGGCCAUGAUGUGAACGUGGGUCUGCAGUGUCAGUCAGCUAACAUUACAGUGUUGCAUGCAGAGGAAGAGUCUAAUAGUAGUCUGUUGGACCUGGCCAGUGGGAAGAUCCACAUUGCUGAGCUUAGCCCUGCCUACCUGCUACAGAUACUGCAAUCAGACACUCCUUCUAGGUGUCCUGGCAGUAAGGCUGAUCAUCAGCGCCUGGCUGCUCUCCACUGCCUGCUGGUUUACAUGGGAAAUGACCCAAACUUGGAGCUGAAGAUUGUUGAAUGGCUGUGCGACAACGUGAAUGCCUUCGAAUCCUUUGAUCCCAUCCAGGAGUUCAUUCUAGCCUCUUUGUACAGAAUAAGCUAUGACAAGUCUCUCAGCCUGGACAAAGUCCUGCCUUAUUCCUCUGUAUUCGACAAGAAGGAGGUGCCAGUGUGUCUGUUGGAGGUCCCUGGUGUGUCAUGUGCCACUGACCUGCAUAUUGAGUCUGUAGUAAAAGGAAAGGGUUUUUGGACAGAGCUGCAGUGGAACACAGAGAGGACAAAAUACCUGGAUGCUGUUCCCAACCCCAGAUACAGAACCUCACAAAUAAAAGCUGACUGGGAUAAACUGAGGUCUGUGAGGAGAAGAUCAAGCCACAUGAAUCACAUGGAGGAGAACACAAAGAAAGUUCUAGCAAUGGUGGACACCUGGUGUCUUGAUAAGAAGCUGGUCCCGCUUUUCCAGGAGGAUGACCAUCAGCAAAGGACACUCAUAGACCUGACAGUUGACAAGCUUCGAGAGCAUCUCAACAGACACCUGCCUCGACUGGGGAAGAAGAAGACUGACUUGCUGGUUGUCAACUAUGUAGCCAAACUGCUGGAGCUCAUCAGACACAUGCUGGAUUCAGUCUGGCUGAAGUACAAACUCGGCCCUCGUGUUUUGUGCUUCAUACAGCAGGGCAGUCCAGCCGAGUGGUCUGUGUUUCACUUCAUGCUUCGGAUUCUGGAGGCCACAAGGGGUCUCUGCCUACCCCUCCCACCCGGCUAUCACACCUUGUUAGCAGUGUUUGCUUUGCGUUGCCUCCCUCAUCACACUUUCCUACAGUACAUUGACCAUGGUUUCCUGCAGCUCACGGAAACCUUUGUCUCUCGGCUCAUGACAGAUUUGGACAACAGUGAUGCCAACGAGAGACUGAAGUUCAGCAUAGUCAAGAGACUCCCUGAGCCUAUGGACCAGAGGAUCUACCAUAUGUGGGAUCAUCCUGCCAGUUCAGCUUCAAUCUCCAGAGAUUAUGUCAAAACGCUGCUGGAGAAACAUAACAAAAAUAAGGGAUUUGUACCCACCAGCAGAGACAAGCCUGGCUUCAGACCCGAGUUUCUGCCUCUUACCUACCUGGCAAAAAUGCUUUCUGAUAUAGAGGAACAAGCUCUAAACCCUUUUGAGGAACAGGAGAACGUGGAUGCCAGGUUUGUGGAGGAGACAGCCCUGAAACAGACUCUGAUACUACUGGGCUUUGAGGAAAAAUGAGGUGAAGGGGCUGAGAGGGACUGAUGGACUGAGGGUGAAACAGAUGAGAGGGAAAAUGUGUUUGAGAGAAAACUCAUCAUUGACUGGGCCUUGAGGACACAAAAUGGAUGGAUGGGUGAUGGAGGGUGAGAAGUGAAAGAUGAAUGGAAAGACUAAAAGGCAGAGUGCACUUAAGUUCUCAGUUUGAUGACAAAGAUGGAGGAGAAAAUAGAAUGCACAGUGGAUGAAAAAAAGUUAUUGGUUUUCUGUCUUUUUUCAGAAGACACUAAGAACCAUGAAAGUGUAAAACUGGCCAAAUUUGGAUUUUUUUUUUGUUUCUUUUACUUUUAAAGGACAAAAUAACCAAUUUUUACAUAUACAAAGAAAAAGGUGAAUGCAAUAACACACAUCCCUGUUUCAUUCGAACCCUCUCUGGGGUUAGGCUGCUUCAUCCUUAAAUGGUACGUUAUCUGCAUGACCAGUAGUUAAUGUUAGCAAACCUUAGGCUGAUAUUGCGCUAUAAACUGCAUUACUGAGCCAGCCCAUUAUUAUUGCCUGGAUAAUUAUUACUCUGUUUUGGCUGGUCUUACAUUACAGUAUGGCUUAGCAUUUAAUAUCAACUGAGACAGUAAUUGUCAGUCAAAUUUACAUAGGUUCACUUUAAACCAGAAACUAGCUCAUCAAAGAAUAAGAAAACGAUUAUGAAUCUGACCAGCGAUUUGAUGCCAGCUUUCAACAUUUGACAGUUUGAUACUUUGUGUUACAUUUGUUGCCAAAAAUGUAUUGAUACCUGGCCCUACUUAUAAUUAAAGCCACAGCAUGCAACACAACUUAAUGCAGAGAUAGUACAGGGUUACUAAGGAAAUAAGAAGUGAAAAUUUAAAAAAGACUGACAACAUUCAAACGAUCUGCACACACACACUCAAACAUCUGGUUUCAAUAACGUGAUAGCGUGCCCUCAAUCAUGACUGAGUUCUUACUGUAAGUGAAGAAGUUCUUUGAGACCAAAUACCAGAGAUUAUUUACUUCUCACAUUGAGCCAUUCAUGUGAGAAAUUACGUAAUAUUCCUUUGAAAAAGAGGAAUGUCUGAGUCACUCAUGUUUAUGUUUA